AUGGCUACAAAUCAGGAAGAUGUGAAACUCUUGGGAGCUCGUGGAAGCCCAUUUGUAUGCAGAGUAGAACUUGCUCUAAAUCUGAAGAGAAUUGAAUAUGAAUUUGUUGUAGAAAAAUUGGCUAACAAGAGUGAGCUUCUUCUCAAAUAUAAUCCAGUUUAUAAGAAGGUUCCAGUUUUUGUUCACAAUGAAAAGCCCAUAUCAGAAUCUCUUGUGAUUCUUGAAUACAUUGAUGAAACUUGGAAACAAAAUCCAAUCUUGCCUUCUGAUCCUUACCAAAGAACCUUGGCUCGUUUCUGGGCAAAGUUCAUAGAUGACAAGGUUAUGGGCCCUUCAUUCAAAUCUGCAUUCACAAUUGAUGAGAAAGAGCGUGAGAAGAAUAUUGCAGAGUCAUCUGAGGCUCUUCUGACUCUUGAGAAUGAGUUGAAGGACAAGUUCUUUGGAGGAGAAGAGAUUGAUAUUGUGGACAUUGCUGCUGUGUUCAUAGCUUUUUGGAUCCCUUUGAUUCAAGAUGUAACAGGGUUGCAACUGUUUACCGCUGAAAAGUUUCCAAAGCUUUACCAAUGGAGCCAAGAAUUUCUUAACCAUCCUGUUGUGAAGAAAAGUCUGCCUCCUAGAGAACCUCUUUUUGCCAUAUUCAAAGGUCGCUAUGAGAGCCUUUUUAAUGCUGCAAAAUAA